AUGUCCGGCGAAAAGAUCUACGAGGGCGUGUUUGCCAUCCACAAACCCCCCACCCUCUCAUCCGCGACCGUCCUCCGCGACCUGCAAAAACACUUCAACCCCUCAUCGACCUUCGCGCCCUGGCUGGCGCACGAAACCGCGCGCCUCGCCGCCGAAGACGCCUCCCAGAGCCGGUCCGCGCGCUACAACCCGCGCCACCGGCACCGCAAGAACCGGAACCGCAAACUGGAAGUCAAGAUCGGACACGGCGGGACGCUCGAUCCGCUGGCGACCGGGGUGCUCGUGGCGGGCAUCGGCGCCGGGACGAAAUCCCUGCCCUCGUUCCUGGGGUGCACGAAGACCUAUACGGCGGUGUUUGUGUUCGGGACGGAGACAGAUACCUAUGAUGUGCUGGGGAAGGUGGUGAAACGGGGCCCGUAUGAGCAUAUCACGCGGGAGAUGGUGGAGGAGAAGUUGGGCGCGUUUAGGGGGAAGAUUAUGCAGAGGCCGCCGAUUUUCUCAGCGUUGAGGAUUAAUGGGAAGAGGCUGUAUGAGUAUGCGAGGGAGGGGACGGUGCCGCCGGUGGAGAUUAAGGAGAGGGAGGUCGAGGUGUUGGAUGUGAAGGUCGAGGAGUGGUUUGAGGGGGGGACGCAUGGGUGGGGCCCGCCGACGGGGGGGGUUAUGGGCGGGGAGGAGAAGGUUGUUGCUGAGAGGCUGUUGGAGAUGGAGUCUGGUUCUGGUUCUAAGGCGGAGGGGGCUGGGGAGAGCGAGGGGAAGAAGAGGAAGGAUAUUGAUGGCGAUGCGGAGGAGGAGGGGACCGGGAAGAAGUUGAAGGGCGUGGAGGGGGAGGCGGUUCCGGUUGAGACUGAGGCUGAGGUUGAAUCUGAGAAGAAGGCUGAAGCUGAGACCCCCGUCGAAGCCGAGACGAAACCCGAGACUGAGACUGAGCCCGCCGAAGAACCAAAGGAAACCCCCCCGGCCGUCCGGAUCAGCAUGACCGUAACGUCAGGCUUCUACGUGCGCUCCCUCGCGCACGACCUGGGCCGCGCGCUCGGUAGCUGCGGCUACAUGAGCGAGCUGGUGCGCAACCGACAGGGCGACUUCGUGCUGGAGCCGUCGCGGGUCCUCGAGUACAAGGACCUGGAGGCGGGCGAGGAGGUCUGGGGGCCUAAGGUGCGGCGGUUCCUGGAGCAGUGGGAGGCGAAGAGGGCGGCGGAGCAGUUGGAACUGCAUGAGAAGCAGGGAGGGGAGAAGGAGGAGCAGCAGCAGCAGCAGCAGGCGAAGGAGGAGGCCAAGGAGGAAUAG